CGGCGGACAGAUUUCAUUGCCACAAUUCACCGAUAGACUCGUAUGCAUGAAUGGAAUGAUAUUACCUGUAAAAGCCUUGACUUAGGAAUGGAAACUGGGUGUAGAUUUUCCAGUGUUGACAUUUUUCUUCGACAUCUGUCGAUUUAAAGUGGGAGCAGUUAAAUCUCAAAUCACCUUUUAUAGUGUUGUUUGUUUGUGUGUAAAGCGGAAGCUAAGUCUUUGCUAGCCUAGACUACCACUUAAGCUAACGCAACGGUAGCAUUUGCUAGGUUAGUUCGCCUACUUCAGACACAUAGACCAAAUACAGAACAAAGAUGGUUGAAUCAAUAUUUGACCUCCCAGUCGAAAAGCAGAUAUUUUAUUCUGUUUUGGGAUUUUCGUGGACAGUAUAUCUGUGGGAGGCAUAUCUUUCCUACAGACAAAGGAGGAUAUACAGAACAACAACUCAUGUGCCACAGGAGCUAGGGAAGAUCAUGGACUCUGAAACAUUUGAGAAGUCACGUCUUUAUCAAUUAGAUAAAAGCAACUUCAGUUUUUGGUCUGGGCUGUAUUCUGAGACUGAAGGAACGUUGAUCCUGCUCCUGGGUGGAAUUCCGCUUCUGUGGGGCAUUGCUGGAAUUGUGAUAGCUCGCUUUGGAUUUGGCUCGGAGUAUGAGAUCACCCAGUCCCUUGUGUUUCUGAUGCUUGCAACCCUGUUCAGUGCCUUAACUGGCCUUCCCUGGAGUUUGUAUAACAUAUUUGUCAUUGAGGAGAAACAUGGCUUUAAUCAGCAGACAUUGGGGUUCUUUUUCAAGGAUGCAGUAAAGAAGUUUGUUGUGACCCAGUGCAUUCUUCUGCCUGUAACCUCAUUGCUUCUGUACAUCAUCAAGAUUGGUGGUGACUACUUUUUCAUCUAUGCCUGGCUCUUCACUCUGGCUGUUUCUCUGGUGCUUGUGACCAUCUAUGCUGAUUACAUUGCUCCCCUGUUUGACAAGUUUACUCCAUUGCCAGAUGGAGAGUUAAAGACAGACAUUGAAGCUAUGGCCAAGAGUAUAAGCUUCCCUCUCACCAAAGUUUAUGUUGUAGAAGGUUCUAAGCGAUCAUCUCACAGCAAUGCAUACUUUUAUGGGUUCUUCAAGAACAAGCGUAUUGUGCUUUUUGACACACUGCUGGAGGACUAUUCACCUCUCAACAAGUCUGGGGAGCCACAGCCUGAGCAGUCGGAGAGUGACGAGAUUCCCAGCGAAGCAAAAGCCAAGCCAAAGAACAAGAAACAAGGAUGCAAUAAUCCAGAGAUACUUGCAGUCCUGGGUCAUGAACUUGGCCAUUGGAAGCUUGGCCAUACUGUCAAGAACAUUGUUAUCAGUCAGAUGAAUUCCUUCCUGUGCUUUUCCCUGUUUGCUGUUCUGAUUGGACGUAAGGAGCUGUUUGUAGCUUUUGGCUUCACUGGCAGCCAACCAACAUUAAUAGGCUUGAUGAUUAUCUUCCAGUUCAUCUUCUCCCCGUACAAUGAGCUGCUGUCGUUUUGUCUGACAGUUUUGAGUCGUAGGUUUGAGUUUCAGGCAGAUGCUUUCGCACGUGGCAUGGGCAAAGCCUCUGAGCUCUACUCUGCCCUCAUCAAGCUCAACAAGGACAACCUGGGCUUCCCAGUAGCCGACUGGUUGUUCUCCAUGUGGCACUAUUCUCACCCUCCUCUUCUGGAGCGCCUUAGAGCCCUGGGAAACAUCAAGCAGGACUGACGUGGCUGGAAGGGGGAGCAGCGCCCGCUGCCUCCUCCAAAGGGCCUCCGUAGGCCACUGUUGGCCCUGUGAUGCACCCUGGGAUAUUUCUACAUAUCUGCUCCCCCAAACCCGUCUUGUUUUGUUUUUCCUGUCAUCAGUUCUAUUUUCUUUUACUUGAAAUCCUGUUUUAAACAAAACCUAAACAAAUCAGUUCUAGAUGGCCUAAACAUUUAAACACCUGAACUUAUGCCUGAGACAUAAUGUGCAUUUCAUAGAAGCCAUGAAUCUGACAAAUGUUGUUCUUUUCCAAAGCUAUUGUCAGGACAGGUGGCAUUUUGCUGGUUGACAUGAUUCAUUCUAGCUUUUGAAAUUAAAAUAUUUACAUGACCUUUUUAACUACCCAAAAAUAACAAAAACAAUUUGGCAUUUACGAUACCUGGAAUUGUACUAACAGAAACACAGGAGUAUUUGUGGCGACUCAGCACAAAUACUCCUGUAUUGCAUCCAGCUGUUGUAACACAAUGAAACUGCAAUAACCUGCAUUAUAAUAACCUGACAAAGGCAACUUCAUGUCUAGUCAUGACACAGCUUUUUGAACAUACCAAUGCCUGACUUUGACUUUUCAAGUGCAAGCUCAAGUUCUCCAUUUUGCAUGGUACAACAUACAAAUGCCUAAUCACACAACACAAUGUCAGUUUUUGUUUCCCCACUAAUUGAUAUUUUAUGAACGGUGCAGUCAAUUUUAUUUGAAUUUAGGUUGCACAUUUUUAUGCAGUGACUUUUGUUUUAUUUUUCUGAAGCAAUUGUUUGCCAUUAAGGGUCCAAUCAUAUCUGUACAUAUGUAACUUUGACGAGUAGAGUACUGAAGUGAAUUGUGAAAAAAUAUUGAAUAUGAUUUGUGAUUAGGUAGUAAUUAGGUUGACAUGGUGUUUUUUUUAUUUCGUGGACUUUGGGCCCAUAGUUGCCUGGCAAGCGUCUUCAUACAAGACUUGGGUGCAGGGGGUCUGCACGUUCCCACUUACCACAAACGCCAGCAUUUGGUUUGUUUGAGGAGGAAUCUGUUUACUUUCUUUGCAGCACUGAAUAAAAUCCUUCAAAGCA